AUGGCGCCGAUCAAGCUAAUCUACUUCGAUAUUCCUGGUAAAGCCGAGGCCAUCCGCCUGUGCGCCUCAGUCGGCAAGGUGGACUUCGAGGAUGUCCGCAUCUCGCGCGAGACCUUCGCCGAGAUGAAGGAGCAGGGCGCUCUGCCGUACGGGCAAGUUCCAGCUCUGGACGUGGGUGACGGGCGGAUGUUGGCGCAGAGCUCCGCGAUCUUGCGAUACGUGGCCACCCUCGGAGGUCUUCACCCCUCCGAUCCCAUCGAGGCGGCGCGCAUCGACAGCAUCGUCGCCGAGGAGGAGGAUUUUUUCAGCGGGCUCACCAUCUCACGCUACGCCGGCAGGUUCGGAUACGGCCACAUGACGGACGAAUUUCGGGCGGAGGUUCGCAAAAAUCUAAACGACGAGAUACUCCCGAAGCACCUAAGCUUCCUUGAGAUGCUCCUGACCAACUCCACCACCGGAUGGCUGGCGGGUACCGAGAAGCCAAGCGCCGCAGACUUUGUCUUCGUGCCGAGGCUCAAGUGGCUGGUGUCGGGCGCCAACGACGGCAUCGACAGCGAUCUCCUCGAUGGAUUCCCGAACGUGAAAGCACUCAUCGCGAAGAUGAUGGCGCUGCCCGAGGUUGUCAGCUGGUACGAGAAGAACCCUCCGCCGCAGUAG